ACUAAAGCACAAAUUCACAUUAUCUGGGUCCCUCCCAAAAACCUCCAAAAACACCUCCAUCAUAUAAUAUUAUAGACACCACAAUUGAUUAUUAUAAAGCGACCACUACUCUCAAUCAUUUCGAACCCAUUAAUCUCCUCCUUCUACGCUCCCCCCUGCCCUCUCUCCAUAUAUACUUCCCCGCCCAACCUUUGAAACUGUGACAUAACAUAUAUAUCCCAUAAGAGAAAGUUUCAAGCUUCAGGCUUCAGCCAUGUCCAUCACCGCACUUUCAGACCCAGAUAAAUUCUACAAGAAAUCAUUCCACCGAAGGAAUGAUUCUGGCGAGCUUGACGUGUUUGAGGCUGCCAGGUACUUCUCCGGAUACAAUGAAGCUGCGGGCUAUAAUGGUACAACUUUUACUCAGAAGGUCAUGAGAGAUGAGAAACAGGGUUGUAGAGUAGGCAGAAUGAGCUUAGACGUGCCAAUGAGAAACUCUUUCCCUCAACAAUCUCAUGGAGUGGAGAAGCAAAUGAAAGAAAAGAAAUACAAGCAACCAAGCUCCCCAGGUGGGAGACUGGCUAGUUUCUUGAAUUCUCUUUUCAGUCAAUCGGCUUCUAAGAAGAAGAAAUCGAAAUCCACCACACAGUCUAUGAAAGAUCAUGAAGAGGAGAGCCCUGGUGGAAGAAGGAAGAGGAGGAUCAGCAUUAGUCAUUUUCGAAGCUCAAGCACCACCGAUUCCAAGUCUAUAUAUUCUUCUUCAAGUUCAGGUUUUAGAACACCUCCUCCUUAUAAUAAUGCACAAACUCCUACAAAGAGCUACAAGGAUUUUAGAAGCUAUUCAGAUCACAAACAUGCGGUGUCCAAUUUGUCAAAGCACAAAGUUUUACAACACAAUGAGGUCUUGGAUGUCGACAGAAAGAACAAGGACGACUUGCAUUGGUUGGAUGAAAAAUUCGAAUUCAACAAAGGGUUUUCAGAAAAAUGCAAGAAUUCCUGCAGCAACGUGUUCUUGGAGAAGGAUAGGAUUUGGGUGGAUAGAUAUCAUCCAUCGGAAGAGAAGGAUCAAUUCGUGAAGUUCAGUGAGGUGGAUGAUGGUGGAGAAAGCGAUUCAAGCUCUGAUCUGUUUGAGUUGCAGAACUAUGACUUGGGUUACUGCUCAAGCGGUCUUCCUGUCUAUGAAACCACCGACAUGGAUAGCAUCAAGAGAGGAGCACCAAUUUCCAAUGGCGCUCUAUGAUACUGUAUAUUGUUCCUGUGUUGAUUUAUUCUUACUUCUUGUUGAUGUUAGAAUCUGUGAGAAAGAAAAAAAAAUCUUCAAGAUUUUUGCUUUUCUUCUUCUUUUUCUCGUCCUCUUUGAAAGUUCUUCCAGUUCUUUUCUCUGUAUGUACAGUUCCGAAUGUUUGUUUGUCUUUCCUUUUUUUUCUUUUUUCCUUUUUUUUUUCUUUUGUUUUUUCUUGCUUUUCUGGCUGUGUUGGGAGUGCAAGAACAUCAAAAGUCCACCAGUGGAGUGACUUGAUUA